AAAUCAAAGAAUAUGCAAAUAUCUACGGCGAUCAGGCGAAAAGACUUGCUCGGCGAACCUAUAACGAUUUCCACGAUAAUAACUGACAACAGAACCAAAUCAGAGCUGUAUAAUAUGAGGAAUAUUCACAGAGAUACAUUGACCAAAUCGAGCUUUCGUCAGUAUAUGCCAAUUUAUGAUUUCAUAAAUGCAACUAAAGUGAUUAUGUACGCGGACACAUGGGGCUAUUUAGUCAACGGCACUUUUAACGGUAUGGUCGGACACAUGGCCCGGGGCGAAGCUGAGCUGGGAGGCACUUUAGUGUUUAUAUCGCGGGAACGAUUGGCGGUUUUAAACUACAUGAAUUACCCUGGUUCCCUGUCGGUAAAGUUCGUGUUCCGAGAGCCAUCUCUCUCCUACCAGCACAAUUUGUUCCUGCUGCCAUUUAAACCGAUUGUCUGGUGCUGCAUCUUAGCGCUUGUAUUUAUAUUAAUAUUUAUUUUAUUCCUCAAUGCAAGAUGGGAGAGUAUCAAAUCACAAAACGAAGACAUGUUAGACAAUACAUUAUUAAAGCCGAACAUAAGCGACAUAGCAAUACUGGUGAUGAGCGCAAUAUCGCAGCAAGGAAGUUCAACGGAACUGAAAGGCGCUUUGGGCCGUGGUGUUAUGUUCAUUCUAUUCCUGGCGUUCGUAUUCCUGUAUACAUCAUACUCGGCGAGCAUCGUCGCGCUGCUGCAGUCCAGCUCGAGCGCCAUCCGCACUCUGUCGGAUCUCCUCGACUCCAGAUUGGAACUGGGUGCCGAAGACACACCGUAUAAUAGACAUUACUUCCCGACAGCCACGGAGCCAAUUAAAAAAGCAAUUUAUCAAAACAAGAUAGCUCCUCGUGGAUCAAAACCUAACUUCAUGAAGUUGGAAGACGGUGUUCGAAAACUUCGAAAGGAGCCUUUUGCUUUUAAUAUGAACACUGGUAGAGGUUAUAGGUUGGUGGAGCAAUAUUUUUAUGAGCAUGAGAAAUGUGGUCUUCAAGAAAUAUCUUAUUUCCCUAAUACUAAACCUUGGCAAACAAGUCGCAAAGAUUCUUCUUAUAAGGAAAUUCUUAAAAUUGGAUCGUUCAGGAGUCAGGAGCACGGACUCAACAUGCGUGUUAAUAAACAAGUGUUCUCUUCGAAGCCCGCGUGUAUUGUUAAGGGCGGGAACUUUGGCUCCGUCAACAUGGUCGAUUUCUACCCGGCCGUGCUUACACUCAUCUACGGAAUGUUAUUAGCCAUAAUUAUUUUGAUUUUCGAAAUAUUGGUACAUCUAAAACGAAAUAAGGGUAUUAACCCGUAAAUAAACCGAAAGUAAAAUACAUAGAAGUAUAGCAACUUUUCACUUUAUUCAGAGUUUUCGCUUUAUUUUAUUUCGGUUUGCGUCGAGCAUUAUUAGUUUGAGCACUGAUUUGUGAAUGUAAAAUUGAUCUUGAAUAUCUAGUUGCAUAGCAAUAAGGCUGCUCUUGCGCAAAUCUAGCAGUUACUUAGUUUUAGUUUCCUAUUGUAUUAUUUGUGCAAAAGAAUUAAAAAAAAAUAAGAUCUUUUGGUUUUGCUAAAACUCUGUUGACUGAAAAGAAAAGUGCUUUAGGUGUGUUUCUAUUCAAGAGCAAUAGCGGGAAGGAUA